AUGGACGCUAAUUUCUCAUUUUCAGACGUGUGUGAUGCGCAUUGUCACCCACAAGACGAUAAAGAAAAUCUUGACGCAAUUGCAAAUUUGAAAAUUGCAAAGCUGUGCGUUAUGGGAACUAAUUCGCACGACUUGGAUAUUGUUUCAGAGCUGUCGAAAAAGUUCCCGGAUAAGGUGAUUCCAUGCUUUGGGUUUCAUCCAUGGUAUGCUCAUACGUUAACACUCCAAGAAGGAAAAAUAGACAAAACAUCACACUAUCGCACCGUAUUUCAACCACCACAAACAGCAGCCACGUCGACAACUGCUGCUGAUGAUGAACUAGACGCUUUGAUUCCUCUCCUUGAAGAACCAAUAAUAUUCAAAGAAUGCCUAAACAAACUGGAAUCUCUUCUCAAAGUGCAUACAUCUGCGCUAGUUGGUGAAAUAGGAUUAGACAAAUCCGCGCGUCUAAAACAUCCGCAAACCCAAAAACUCACGGUCUAUCAGUCAAACAUUCAGCAUCAACUCGCACUAUUCGAAGCACAAUUCGAUAUUGCGGCAAAAUAUCAACGAGCAAUCAGUGUGCAUUGUGUACAGACGACUGGCAAUAAUAAUUCGCAACCACUUUUACCUCCACGUAUUUGUUUGCAUUCCUACGGUGGAUCUGCCGACACGAUAAAAAGUCUCACAAAGAAACCGAGUAAACGACAGCUAAAGAAAAAAAAUACCAUCGCUGAUAACAAUCCAAUAUCAAGAUCUAUUGAUGAAUGUGAAGUCUACGUUUCUUUUAGCAGUGUAAUUAACGAACGCUACGAGAGAUUAGGCGAACUGAUUAGAGCAGUACCGGAUGAUAGACUUUUAAUCGAGAGUGAUUUGAAUUCUCCAAUUGGAAUCGAAGAUCACUUGAAAAGAAUAAUCGAGAUUGUUAGCGAAGCUAAAGGUUGGCAGUUCCAAGAAACAGUUAAUAUUACUAAAUCAAAUUUUUUGAGAUUCAUGGGAGAGGAAACUGAAACAGAUAUGGCAGCAGAACCUUCCAAAGCACAAAUACAAGAAAUAUUUCAAAAAUUUACUGCUCAACGAGCAAAUAAGGUUUGCUUUGAUUGUAACGCUAUAAAUCCUACCUGGUCAAGUGUCACUUUUGGGAUUUAUCUUUGCUUAGAUUGUUCUUCCGUUCAUCGAAAUUUAGGGGUUCACAUUAGUUUUGUGAGAUCAAUUUCUCUGGACUCUUGGACAUGGGACCAGCUUCGAGUGAUGAAAGUGGGUGGGAAUAUCGCGGCCACAGAGUACUUUGCGAAACACGGGAACGCGUCAAUGUCAAAUAAAAAAGACGCGAAAUCAAAGUAUACUUCACGAGCUGCGUUGAAAUACAAAGAGGAAUUAUCGCGAAGAGCCAAAGAGGAUGCGACAAAGAAUCCUGAAUUUGACGUAGCAGUGGAACACAAUGAAAGCGAUCAUCAACAACCAAAUUCUCCACAAAAAGAUGACUUUUUCGAAAAAUUUGAAAACACAACAGCAUCGAUAAAAGAAUCAUCUACUAUUAUUACUGGUACCCCACAAAUAAAACCCAUAAUAAACACUACCGAAAAAAAUACAUCUCAAAGCUCCAAUGUUACUACCACCACCUCUACCACCACUAAUCGGAAACCAAAUUUCGCACGUAGUAAAACACAAGGUCCCAAAAAAAGUAAAUUAGGAUUGGGCGCCGUGAAAAUGCAAGUGAACAUGGAGAAAGAAGAACAAAAGGCAAAAGAAGAGGAAGAGUUAUCGGCCAAGAAUGCUGUGUUUCCUCAUAAAGAUGAAGAUAAGAAAAAACCAGAUUUUUUGGAGGACAGAGGAUUUUCUCGUAUAAUAUAUAAUGAAUUAGCUUAUGAUCCUACGGAGGGUAAUAAUAAUAGUAGUAGCAAUGGUGGAAACGGAUCAAUAUCUCACAAGAAAAGUGAUGAAAUUGAUAGACUUGGGAUGGGAGUUUCUAGAUUGGGAUUUGGAACUGUUGCGCCUGUUAAUACUAAAACAACAAAGACUGAUGAUGUGAAUGCAAGAUUCGUUGGAUUUGGGUCUACAGGCUUCAACAAUGAUGAUAAUAAUUCCAAAGGAGCUACGGAUUCCGGCCCUGAAUAUGCACGACAAAAAUUCGGUAACCAGAAAGCAAUUUCCUCCGACCAAUACUUUGGUCGUAACCAAUACGAUCCAGAAUCAUUGUCGCUCGCUACUGACCGACUUCGACAAUUCGAAGGCGCCUCAUCGAUAUCGUCCAGCCAAUACUUUGGUCGUGAAGAGGAAGAAUCUUCGCGUCCAGAGAGUAUCGAUUUUAGUACCUAUCAAAUAAACGCUACCGAAUUCGCACGAAAGUUCAUCGGACAAGCGACCGCGGAUUAUGAUAGUAUAAAGACUAUGGUGGAUAAAGGAAGUGAAAAGUUAAAAGAUUAUAUUCAAGAGAUUCAGCAACGAGUUAAUUAUUAA